AUGCAAUUUCGGCUGGCCCUGUUUUUGCACCUUGGGUUGCUCAGUUGCUCGAAAGCUCAAGAUGAAUGUAACAGGGGUGUCUGUCAUCCUACCACUGGAGAUCUCCUAGUGGGCCGUGGUGCUCAGCUAACGACUUCUUCUACCUGCAGGCUGAGAGGAGCCCAGAAAUACUGCAUCCUCAGCUACCUGGAGGGUGAGCAAAAAUGCUUCAUCUGUGACUCCAGGCUUCUGUAUGACCCAUAUAUCCAACCCAACAGCCACACCAUUGACAAUGUAAUUACAAGUUUUGGACCAGAUGGAGAAAAGAAUUGGUGGCAAUCUGAAAACGGUCUUGAUCAUGUCAGCAUCAGACUGGACCUAGAAGCAUUAUUUCAGUUUAGCCAUCUUAUACUGACCUUUAAGACUUUUCAGCCUGCCGCAAUGUUAGUUGAGUGUUGCGCGGACUAUGGACGCACCUGGAAAGUGUUGAAGUAUUUCGCAAAAGACUGUGCUGCUUCCUUUCCCGACAUCUCAUCUGGCCAGGCCCAGGAAGUGGGAGACCUUGUCUGUGACUCCAAAUAUUCAGAUAUUGAACCCUCAACUGGUGGUGAGGUUGUUUUAAAGGUUUUGGAUCCCAGCUUUGAAAUAGAAAACCCUUACAGUCCUUAUAUCCAGGACCUUGUGACACUAACAAACCUGAGGAUAAACUUUACCAAACUCCAUACCCUUGGGGAUACUUUGCUUGGAAGGAGGCAGAAUGAUUCCCUUGACAAAUACUACUAUGCCCUGUACAGGAUGGUUGUUCGAGGGAGAUGCUUUUGCAAUGGUCAUGCGAGUGAAUGUGGCCCAAUGCAGAAAGUGAGAGGAGAUGUUUUCAGCCCUCCCAACAUGGUUCACGGUCAGUGCAUCUGUCAGCACAAUACAGAUGGCCCGAACUGUGAGAGAUGCAAGGACUUCUUCCAGGAUGCUCCUUGGAGGCCAGCUGAAGGCCCCCAGAACAGCACUUGCAGACCGUGUAACUGUAACGGCCACUCUGACCGCUGUCACUUUGACAUGACCGUGUACCUGGCCAGCGGCGGCCUAAGCGGGGGCGUAUGGGAAGACUGCCAGCACCACACCGAGGGGCAGCACUGCGACCGCUGCAGACCCCUUUUCUACAGGGACCCCCUCAAGCCCAUUUCGGAUCCCUACACAUGCAUUCCCUGUGAAUGUGACCCUGAUGGGACUUUAUCUGGUGGCAUUUGUGUGAGCCACUCUGAUCCUGCCUUGGCGUCUGUGGCUGGCCAAUGCCUGUGUAAGGAGAAUGUGGAAGGAACCAAGUGCAACAGGUGUAAACCCAACCACUAUGGACUGAGUGCCAGCGAUCCCCUCGGCUGUCAGUCCUGCAACUGUAACCCCCUUGGAAGUCUACCAUUCUUGACCUGUGAUGUGGAUACAGGCCAAUGCUUGUGCCAGUCAUUUGCCACCGGGCCACACUGUGAAGAUUACACUGUGGGAUACUGGGGACUGGGAAAUCGUCCCCAUGGAUGUUCUCCCUGUGACUGUGACAUUGGAGGUGCUUAUUUGAACACGUGCUCCCUCAGGGACGGGCAGUGCGAAUGUCGCCCCCAUAUCACUGGCCGCAGCUGCACAGAGCCAGCCCCCGGCUACUUCUUUGCUCCUUUGAAUUUCUAUCUCUAUGAGGCAGAGGAAGCCACGCCACUCCAGAGCCUCGCGCCUUCGGGCUCGGUGAUUUUUGGCCAGGCACCUGCUGUUCACAUCGUUCUCGCAGAGCCAGUUCCUGGGAACCCUCAUACAUGGACUGGCCCUGUUGCCAGGGUUCUCCCUGGGGCUGGUUUGAGAUUUGCUGUCAACAACGUUCCUUUUCCCGUGGACUUCACUAUCGUCAUUCACUAUGAAACUCAGUCUGCCACUGACUGGGCUGUCCAGAUUGCAGUUAAUCCCCAUGGAGGGAGGCAGCACUGCACACGCAAGACCCCACAAGCAAAGCCCCUGUCUUCUGCUUUACCAGCGGCUGUCAGAAUCAUGCUGCUUCCCACACCGAUCUGUUUAGAACCAGAUGUGCAAUAUUCCAUAGAUGUCUACUUUUCUCAGCCUUUGGAAGGAGAGUCCCAAGCUCAUUCACAUAUCCUGGUUGAUUCUCUUGGUCUUAUUCCCCAGAUCAAUUCUUUGGAGAAUUUCUGCAGCAAACAGGACUUAGAUGAGUAUCAGCUAUACAACUGUGUUGAAAUUUGCUCUAAAAUGGGACCUCAAGUGCUCCCUGAUGCAUGUGAAAGACUUAUAGCCAGCGUGUCUGCUAAGCUACACAAUGGGGCCGUGGCUUGCAAGUGUCAUCCCCAGGGCUCAGUUGGGGCCAGCUGCAGCCGCCUCGGAGGCCAGUGCCAGUGUAGACCUGGUGUGGAGGGGCGCUGCUGUGACAGGUGCUCAGCGGGAAGCUACGGCCUGGGCCAUCACGGUUGUCGCUCAUGUCACUGCCACCCUCAAGGCUCAAAGAACUCUUUAUGUGACCAAAUAACGGGACAGUGCCCCUGCCAUGGAGAAGUGGCUGGCCACCACUGCCAUCAGUGCCUAGCCGGCUAUUUUGGAUUUCCCAAUUGCCACCCUUGCCCUUGUAAUGGGUUUGCUGAGCUUUGUGACCCAGAGACGGGGUCAUGCUUCAAUUGUGGUGGUUUUACAACUGGACGAAACUGUGAAAGGUGCGUCGAUGGUUACUAUGGAACUCCUUCUUCAGGACAAUCCUGCCGUUCUUGCCUGUGUCCAGAUGCUCCCUCAAGCAAUCAGUAUUUUGCCCAUUCCUGUUUUCAGAAUCCUUGGAGCUCAGACGUGAUCUGCAAUUGUCUUCAAGGUUAUGCAGGUAUUCAGUGUGAAGAAUGCUCCGCUGGUUUCUACAGAAAUCCAAGAAUUUCAGGAGCACUUUGCCGGCCUUGUGGCUGCAAUAAGAACAUCGACGUGACCGAUCCAGAGGCCUGCAGCCGGGUCACAGGGGAGUGCCUGAGGUGUCUACACAACACUCAGGGCCCAAACUGCCAGUUCUGCAAACCCGGUCACUUUGGAUCCGCCCUCAAUCAGACCUGCAGAAGAUGCUCCUGCCACCCUUCCGGUGUGAACCCUGCUAAGUGUCCCUCUGGUCAGGGACCCUGCCUCUGUGACCCUGCCACUGGCUCAUGCCCAUGUCUGCCAAACGUCACCGGCCUGGCUUGUGACCGCUGAGCUGACGGAUACUGGAAUCUGGUCCCUGGUAGAAGAUGUCGGUUAUGCGACUGUGACCCCCAAACUUCUCAAAGUAGCCACUGUGACCAGCUUACAGGCCAGUGCCCAUGUAAAUUAGGCUAUGGCGGGAAACGCUGCAAUGAGUGCAAGGAGAAUUAUUUUGGCAAUCCACCAGGGCCAUGUGUUUCAUGUGACUGCAACAGGGAAGGUACCCAGACGCCCGCCUGUGACCAGAACACGGGCAGGUGCCGCUGCCGAGAGGGUGUCGGCGGCCAGCGAUGCGAUCGCUGCGCCCAGGGUUACGGCCAGGAAUUCCCUACUUGUCUUCGGUGUCACUCGUGCUUUGAUCAAUGGAACCUCGUCAUUUCUUCCUUCUCAAAAGUGGUGCAAGGGUUAAUGAGGCUAGUUGUUAACAUGGAAGAUAAAAGAGGGACCCUGCCUGUCUGUGAGGCCAACUUGAAAGGCCUCAGAGAGAACAUGUCUGAAAUAGAAAGGAUUUUGAAGCAACCCAUUUUCCCAUCUGGGGAAUUCUUCAGAGUCAAGGAUUAUCAUGACUCCGUUCGGAAACAAAUCUUGCACCUAAGUGAGCAACUGACAACAGCGUAUGCAUUUCAAGACUGGAACAAAACAAUAGUAAGACUGAGGAAUGAAGCAGACCUCUUGCUGGAAGACCUUCAGGAGGAAAUUGAUUUGCACUCCAGUGCCCAAGUUGCAAGCAUUACCGAUUCCUCAGAGAAUAUCAAGAAGUAUUAUCAGAUGUCAUCGUCUGCUGAAAAGAAAACUAACGGAACUACUUCCGUCAUAAACAACACUGAAAGCACCAGGAAUGACUUACCUACCAUCUUAGACACAAUAACCUCGACAGGAAACUUGUCUUUGGAAAAAUUAAAGCAGAUUAAGAUACCAGAUAUCCAAAUAUUGAAUGAAAAGGUGUGUGGAGGACCAGGGCACCUGCCCUGUGUGCUGGCUCCCUGUGGUGGAGCUCCCUGCAAAGGCCCUGAGGGGCACAGGUACUGCGGCGGCCUGGGCUGCCAUGGUGCCCUGGCCGUCUCGUGGAACGCCCUCCAGAAAACCCAGGAAACAGAAACUGUGAUUCAGAAUUUGGACAGCCAGAUUCAAGGGUUGAAGAAUCAGAUCAAAAAUAUAAGUAAACUGACGGAAGUCUCCAAGACCAGUGCUUUACCGUUAAGUGAGAAACUGCAUAAUAUAAAAAACCGAAGUGAAUCUGAAAAAGAUAAAAUGAAUCUUUUAAUCAAAAAAGUGAAAAACUUUUUAUUAGAGGAAAACGUGCCUCCAGAGGACAUAGAGGAGGUUGCAAAUUGUGUGCUUGACAUCCAUCUACUAAUAACAUCACACAAUCUAACCCACGAGCUUGACAAAAUAAGAGAACUUCUACAAUUCUGUGAAGACUACAGAACAGAUGAAAAUAAACUGCAAAAAACAGUGGAUGGAACCCAGAAGCUGUCGGUGAAGGCAAAAGUAGCUGAGAACACAUCAAAUGCUCUGUUAAAUCUUGACAAAAUGUUGAUCAUGUUGCGGCAAGUUCAAAUCACUCAGGGACAGGCAAAUGCUACCAUCACACAGCUGACUGCUGAGAUAACACAAAUGAAAAAGAAUAUACUGCAGACGGAAAAUCAAGCCACGAAGGCUAAGAAUGAGCUGGGAUCAGCACAGCAGCAGUCAAAGCUGAAGGAUGGACUUCCCCUGCUGCGGCCCAAGUUACAAAGGAAUCGAGACCGAGCUGCCAGUGCAAAAGCUCAGGCUGAAUCUGCCCUGCUCAAGGCUGGCCGCAUGGCGAAGGGGUUUGUUGAGCUGAAAAAACAAUUUUCUGUUCUUCAAUGUAAGACAAGCAGUACUGGACUGACAAAGGAAACAUUAGGAAAACUGAAACAGAUAAAAGAUGCAGCAGAAAAAUUAGCUGGAGAUACAGAGGACAAGAUGAGACGAAUAACAGGUUUAGAAAAGAAGAUUGAAGAUUUGAAUCUAAGCAAAAAAGCUGAUCAACUGAGAUGUUUGGAAAAUCAAGUCACUGCCAUCAAAAAUGAAAUUGUUGAGCAAAAAAAUAAACAUGCUUCCUGCUAUACUUUGGCAGAGUCCAAGUACAAAAGCCAGUGCACUGGUUUCUGGCUUCCAACAAGCAAACAGGCAGAGCUGUGCUGA